AUGUUGUUUGCAUUUGAUGGUGGGCCCGGAAAGACUCCCUACGAGAACCUCCUGGACUUAUGCACAGUUCUCUUCAUUUCAGAGGAGGGAUCUGACCUUCCGGUGCAGCGUGUGUUUCAUGCCAUCAACGACUCACUGCAGCGUGCGGAGGAGGACGGCGAUGUGUUGGUUUUGGCAGCCCGGGCCCUGGCCCUCAUACUUGACAGGUUCUCACGAAGUCUUUUAAUCUCUGGAAACUCUGAUGUCUCACGGGCGGUAAAAAAAUGCGCUGAGACGAUUUUUUCGAUUGUGAAGAAACGUCAUGUAAAUUUGCGAUACACGAAGAUGAGUGAAAAGGAACUAAGUGAGGAACUGUUAACUUGUUUUUCGCUCGCCAGAAAUUCCCGGGAGGUUGCUACAGUUACGCCCUCCACUGCGGAGCAACUGAAAUUCUGCUUCAAUGCCCUGGACGAGUCCAAAUGGACUUCGUGUAGAGUCUUAAAACAUUGCAUCGGGUUGAUGCGCCGCGGCGAAUUAAAAACCGCGGGAGACCACGAAAAAAUAUUGCAGUUGCUUCAACAUCACUUGGCUUCACUGUGUUAUGUUGACAUUGACCACGAGUGGGAUGAUUUACUCCGUACCGUUGUGGAGGGGAUACUGACAUACCGAGUCUGGUGCGCUACCCAGUUGCCCUUGAGGAAGCGACGUCGGGCAUCAGGAGGAGGCAGCAAUGCGAUGAAAACGACUGGUAUAAUUUUUGAUGGAGUCCCACUGAAUAAUACCACAGAAGCCUUACUUGCGAUUGGUGAACGCAUACUCUUUAGUGGAACGGCCGAGUGCCGUAUGGAACUUACAUUGGCCUGUCUUGCAAGUUUAGUGGAAACAUCUUCUCUUUCCAUGGAGGCAACUGAAAAGGCAAUUGUGUGGGUUUCAAGGCUUUUAAAGCAAAAUUCAACCCGCGUCGCUGGGUUCUCGAAUCCCUUUCUUCGUUCCCGUCAGGAUGCAGCCAAGAGAGAGCACUUAAGGACGAGUCCAUUUCAGGCGUUGCCAAACUUGCAGUGGAUCGUCCCACCGCUUACUUGGAGCUCUUUGGUUCUAUUGUCCAAGCUUUGCGGUGCUAAUUUUGGGUUUUGCGGUGAAUACAUGUGGGCUUGGCGUGGUGAAGGUGGCGAGUAUUAUCCAUACUUGAGAGGUACCCGGCAGAAACUAACGGCAAUGUUUUUUGCGGCUGAUAAGAACAAAAAAGUUCUUCAAAAACGUCAUGUUAUUGAUCUUUGCACCAUGACAGAUACCAGCGCAUUGACCCUGGUGGUUUCGCGGGUUUAUUUUCAACCGAUACCUAGCGUGGUUGUGUUUGACGGAGCGCUCUCAAUACCACCUGUUUAUACCCACAUAAGUGAAGAAUUAUCUGCGCUUCUUCAAGACGCAUUACGUCCAUUGUCGUUUGGUCAUUCAAAGACGGCUUACUUGGCACGAGCCAUACGUUUACACGUAAUAUGUGGCGGAGCACCUACCAACUCGGAAGAUGUCAUCACCGCUUUUCGAAGUCUUUCGGCUGAGCAGAAGAGACCUGUGGUGGAGGCGAUUUCCUCUGCUCUGAUGCAACACGACAAGGGAUGGGCCCCGGUAUUACUGGAAGCGGGUGUUGCCGAUGCUCUCACGGCUUUUCCAGCGUCUGCGGUAUCUAAAAAAGCUGCAGUUACUACGUCGAGUGAGCAGAAGGGCCCUCCCGUCGCCGAUCUAAUUCGUUACGCCGGAAGUUCUCCACGGGUGGUCGCAAUGAAAAUACCACCGGUGACGGAGUUGCCCUCGUUCCUGUCACACGCUUCUCCCGCGGAGUUACUCGCAUUUAUUGAAGGUUUAGAGGAUUCUACGCUAUCAAUUAGUUCUCUGAAACGAGUUUGUAGCGAAAUUGAUUUGGAUCCUCAACUUGUGUGUCGGAUGCGAGACGCAGCGCACACUUACGUGCUUCGUAUCCUUCAUCAAACCAGUGUGGCUCAUCAAGAAGUGAAGAGUUUGGCGCGCCGCGUGUCUGGGUUCUCGCACUUUAUUGGUAUUUGUAGGCCGACACAAGGUGGAAUGAAUCAUGUGCUGUGCCCCGAAGGUCACCCCCUUUGCGUACACUUUAGUGUGAAUUGGCGAUGUAAUGUAUGUGCAAACUCGAAUUCUUUUGGUUCUCUUGCCUGCCGGGAGUGUGAUUAUGACUUAUGUUCAGACUGCAGCAAUACAAAGCUUUCACGGAUGGAUGUCAAUGUUUCAGCACUUGUUGGCGAUAUUAUCCGUUACUGGCGUGAGUGCCGGGGGGACGAACUUUCUGAUGAGGAUUCAUCACAGAGGAAAUUAAAGCAUUCUGUUCUUUUUACUUCAAAGGGAGUUCUUUCCGCCGGGCGUUCUUCUUCUACACUUCAAGGAGAAGAUGUGCACUAUGCUGAAAUGGGUAAUUGUUGCGAAUGUAAUAUCUCAGUGCCUUUGCUUGUUGCAAAUUCCAUGGGAAAUGAUGUUCUUGACUCCCCACUACAGGUUUUUCUACGCACCUUUGGACCAUUGCAUCAGUGGGGUGAGAUUGAAUCAGCGAUUGUGGAAGUGUUGGAAUCAUGCGGAGGGGAAAUUUUUGAAAGGGGUGUCUCGGGUAUCCCAAUGCCAGUUGUGCGUGUGCUUCAGGCGAUUUCUCCGUAUAUUUCACUUUCUUUUAAGCGUGACACGGCUCAUUUUCUUUCCGUUGGAUGUUAUCGAUUUGGACUGUACCAUUUGCAGGAUGUGAAUGCAUCGGUGCGUGGGACAGUCAUGGGGGAAAUUCAGAGUAAUGGGCUGGCAACGAAGUUUACGGUGAAGAGAGAAACAGGGGCAAUGACGCAGGCACUGUUCAACGCCUUUGUUCAGUAUCCUUCCAUACGGAAUAAGGUUGAGUUCAAUUUUGAGGGAGAGGAGGGUACGGGUGAAGGACCCACACAGGAAUUAUAUACUGAACUGUCUCAACGCUAUCGAGAGAUGGCAACACUUUGGCAUGAGAGAGACGAUGGGGCACUCGAGGCCUUUCCAACCCUUCGACAGGUACAUAAAAAAGAGUUCUUUGUUCUUGGUGCUUCCUGUGGACGAGCAUUUGUAGAUGGUUACACAAUGAAUGUGAGUCUGAUCCCUCUAGCAUGGCCCUUUAUCCGUUCAGCGUCUGUUUCCAUGAAAAACAAGUGGACCCUUCUCAUUGAACUGGAGCCGGAAUUGGCGAACACAUAUAAACGCAUGCUGAGGUCAACCGAUGCUGAAUUGAAAGAGAUGGACUUGGAGGACGAGAAUGGUGCUGUUUUGACAACUGCUACCGUAAAGGCAUAUGUGGAGCGACGUGUGGAGGAGAGUUUGUCACAUGCCAUUUUGAAUCUUUACUGGUUUUCCCUUGGGAUCUCUAGCGUUAUUGAUCUUCGUGCCUUUUGGUUUCUGUCAGACGAUGAAAUGAGUGUAAUUCUUUGUGGAGCCUCACGUGAGAGCACGGAGGAGCAACUUUUCGGGGAGGAGGCGCUGCGUUCGGCGAUUGUGGAGGCGCACGGCUACUCUGGGGGAUCGCGGGAGGUGGCCAUGAUGAUUUCUGUCGUUGGUGGGGAGUUUACGCGAGAGGAACAACAGUUUUUUCUUGAGUUUCUUACUGGCAGUCCGCGCCUUCCACUGAACGGGCUCGCAGGAUUGGGGCGGAAGAUCACCGUUGUACGAAAGGAACUGGAGGGAAGCGGAGAGCAGACGCUGCCUUCAUGCAACACGUGUUUUUUGUACUUUAAGUUGCCGCCGUACACGUCGCGUGCGGUCAUGAAGGCACGUCUUCUGACGGCAAUUACGGAGGGCCGAAAGAACUUCAGUUUGUCGUGA